GUACAGAGUGAUGUCUCAGAGUGAUUUUGAGGACGUGUCCUGCUUUGGGAAGCUGAGAAGUGAAGACCUAGAGGACUUAGCGGUGGUUGUCUAUGAGUGCACCGAUACCGUUACAGGUCAUGACCCUGACACAGAGAUGGAGUACACCAACCUGAAGAAGAAACUGCACUUUCUCCAAUCAGAUGGAGACUCUGCAGGAAGCAGAUGCUACAGACUGGCUGCAGUGGGUCUGGGUCUGCUGUGUGCUCUCCUGCUGACUGCCAUCACACUGCUGUGGUUCAAGUUCACUGUAGAGAGAGACCAGUUACAGACCAGUUACAACAACCUAACUAUUAAAAGAGACCAGUUACAGACCAGUUACACCAACCUGAGUAUUAAAAGAGACCAGUUACAGAAGAAGAGAGAUGAUCUGCAGAAGAUACUUUCUGAUCUGAUUUUGCUAAGUGGAUGGAAAUAUUUCAACUCCAGUUUUUACUACAUCUCUACUGUGGAGAAGAACUGGUAUAACAGCAGAAAGGAGUGUAAAGACAGAGGAACAGACCUGCUGAUCAUCAAUAGCAGAGAGGAACAGGAAUUCAUCAAUAAAGAAUUUGGCAGAACUGAAGCUUGGAUUGGUCUGACUGAUGAAAAAACAGAGAAGGUCUGGAAAUGGGUGGACGGUUCACCUCUGACCACUAAGUAA